CAAUCAAGAAAAUGUUAAAAUCAAAGACUACCCAUGAAGAAAGAAAGGAAAGGAAAAAAACCCCUUUGAAUAGUCAGCUAUCAAACACACUGAUGUCACGUCCACAUGGCCCUCCAGAGCACACCACGGUGAAUGAUUUGUUCAUCUGUGGAGGGCGGGAGCUGCCUGCCUAAAUCUUUUUCUCUGACCGGAAUUUUAGCAGGAAGUCAACUAACCAUGAUGAAGUAACCCAGAAGAGAGACCUACCCAAAGCAGUAGUAGCCAUGGCUUGAGGCUUUGCAAGCUUUCUCGAACUACUCAACUUUCAGCUGGCCCAUUUCCAGGCCGACUGUCUGAGGUUAACCCAGUAUUGCGUUGGCGUUGCAGUACAGAGCCAUGGCAGUUGGGACACACCAAUUUUCGCCAUUAAUGUAUUUCAGAUUAGCCUGACUUGGACCCAAGAAAGGACCAGAGAGAGAGAGAGAGAGAGAGAGAGAGAGAGGGAGGGAGGGGAGAUAUUUCUUUGUUGUAUAGUUAAGAAUUCUGUUGGGUGAGUUGGACAGCGGAACGGCAUCGAAUGCAGAAUCAAAGCUCGUGAUUAGGGGUUAAGGAAUUUCGCAGAGCACAAUAAAUAAGCGUGUUUUUUUAGUAUUAUUUUGCGUACCUGCGAAGGUGUGGCCUGUGGCCAAAUUAAUUGUUCACGAGAGAGCGAGACCAAGAUGGACCUCCGUAGACCAUGAGCAACAUUAACUUGACAUUAUCACAAACAGCCAUGGAAGAAGCUCAACGACGACUGGUUAAGGUGGCGAUAUUGAUGGUCGUGUUGAUUCAGUAUGGGGUAGCUCAGCAACAGGUGCCGUUGAACUCUAGCAUCGAACGGUCAGCGUUAAUCGGCCUACGGUCAUCGCUGGGACUCAGAGGCAAGGACUGGCCCAUCAAGGCCGACCCGUGCUUGAAAUGGAAAGGAGUCCGGUGCCAGAACGGCAGCGUGGUGGAGGUCAAUGUCUCCGGGCUAAGAAGAACUCGUCUCGGACGAGCAAAUGCAAGUUUCGCUGUUGACUCGCUGGCCGAUCUGCCCCUCUUGCAGUCGUUCAAUGCUUCUGGGUUUUCGCUUCCUGGACCUAUUCCCGACUGGUUCGGCCUGAGACUUGAUGCGCUCCGAGUGCUCGAUCUCCGGUUCUGCUCGGUGCUGGGUCCGAUUCCUUCGUCUCUCGGUAACUUGAGUAGAUUGAAUUAUUUGUAUUUGUCUGAUAACAGUCUUACUGGUGUCGUAUCUCCUGCAUUGGGACAGUUAUCGGAACUGCUAGUUCUCGAUCUUUCGCAGAAUACACUUACUGGGGCAAUCCCUUCUCGUUUCGAGUCUCUUGGCAAGCUUACCAGGCUUAACCUUUAUUCAAACUUCUUAUCUGGGUCCAUUCCAGCUGGUCUGGGUAACCUUUCUAGUCUUCAGUACUUGAAUCUUGCUAACAAUAGUUUCUCUUCUUCAAUACCUGGUCCAUUGGGUGGCCUUUCUCAAUUGGAAGAUCUCGACCUCAGCAUGAAUUCUUUAUCCGGGUCGUUGCCGGAUGGUUUGCUGAUGUAUGGAGCUGUGUUCAAUCUCUCAAACAAUCAGUUGUAUGGAGCUCUGAAUUUAUCAUCUCUAAGGAAGUUUCGUGCAGCUGAUUUGUCUGGGAACUAUUUCCAAGGCAAGGUACUUGAUGCUGAAGCCAAUGCUACUCUUGAUAGAAAUUGUCUUCAGAUGAUUCCUGGUCAGAGGAGUUCGGAGGACUGUAGACGGUUUUAUGCCGAGCAAGGCUUAAAUUUUGAUAAUUUUGGAGCCCCAGAGCCGACUCAGCCACCAUUGCCAGACCCAGAACCAGAUUCUAAGACCAACAAAAAAUUGAUAUACAUAAUGGGGGGGUUAUUUGGUGGGAUUGGUUUCGUUGUGCUUUUAGUAUUUGUCAUGGUACUUAUCAUAAGAACAUGUGAUAAUGCCACUGCAAAUCAAGGAGGGACUGCAGAUGUUAGGCCUGUGCCAGAAGGAGACAGCCCUUCUGUACCUACGGAUCCUGUUUCUAUGAUAGGUCUGGGAGAAUCAUUUACCUAUGAGCAGAUGCUGCACUUCACUGGUGAUUUUAGUGAAGCAAAUCUUAUCAAACACGGCCACUCCGGAGACCUUUUCAGAGGGGUUUUGGUUGGUGGGAUCCCUGUAGUCGUCAAAAGGGUAGAUUUGCGUUCCUUCAAGAAAGAGUCAUUCAUGAUUGAGUUGGAGUUUUUCAGCAAGGUUUCACAUACUAGGUUGGUCCCGGUAUUGGGGCACUGCUUGGAGCAUGAGAAUGAGAAGCUUUUGGUUUACAAAGAUAUGCCAUAUGGAGACUUGGCAAAUUCCUUGCACAGAAUUACCGGUUUUGAGGAUGACAAUUUCCGGUCUCUGGAUUGGAUUACAAGAUUGAAAAUUGCAACAGGGGCUGCUGAAGCCCUAGCUUACCUACAUCAUGAGUGCAACCCUCCUCUUAUUCACAGAGAUGUUCAAGCGAGCAGUAUCCUUCUUGAUGAUAAAUUUGAAGUGCGACUUGGAAGUCUGAGCGAGGUCCAUACCCAAGAUGGUGAUUCUCACCAAAAUGCGCUUACAAGGUUCUUGCGGAAGCCACAAAUUUCUGAACAAGGCCCUGCUGGCUCAUCAUCGGCAACUUGUGCCUAUGAUAUAUACUGUUUUGGGAAGGUCUUGCUUGAGCUUGUAACGGGUAAGCUUGGCAUCAGCAAAUCAGAUGAUGUCACUACAAAAGAGUGCUUGGAACAAAUACUUACAUAUAUUAGCACAUAUGACAAGGAACUGGUGACUAAAAUUGUUGAUCCAUCUCUGAUUGUCGAUGAGGAUUUAUUGGAAGAGGUAUGGGCGAUGGCAAUUGUGGCCAGGUCAUGCCUUAACCCCAAGCCUUCUAGACGCCCCCCAAUGAAAUAUAUCCUCAAAGCAUUGGAAAACCCUUUAAAGGUGGUUAGGGAGGAGAGUUCGAGCUCUGCAAGAUUGCGAACAAUGUCAUCUAGGAGAUCUUGGAGUUCUGCAUUCUUUGGUAGCUGGCGGCAAAGCUCAUCAGAGGGUGCUGCCAUUCCAGGCCAUACCAGUAUCAAUGGCUUAAGACAGUCAGGGAGAGUGAACUCUCAUGGAAGUGGUGGACAUGAAUUCUCAACUUCCCAUAAAAGGUUGUCCAACGAAAUCUUCCCUGAGCCAGUUGAAAUCCAAGACCUGGAGAGCCAAGAUGAGCAUUAGCUGAAAAGGGUUUUUGUUGCUUUUUAAGGAUGAUACUGCAGGUUGCCUGAUUUCCGGCAUGCUCAACAGCAUCAUACCCAAACGGCAACCUUUUCCAGUCGCCUUUUAUCUGGUUACAAAGCCAUUCGAUGGAUUAUGCGCUUCGUUGACCGCUCUCUUGAAGUGUGUGAUCUGGUGAGGAAUAUAUUGUUGUGGUCAAUGAAAAUUGCUUACGAAGUGGGUCCUGUGAACUCAACUGGACUCACUGCUUUUGAGUCUGUUCGUUGUCGAAGCAAGCUGCACUUUUUCUCUGCAAUGGAUGCUUUCUCAAAGAUCCCGUACAUGAAAUAUAAGGUUGUGAAUCUGUGAUAGAUUAAACUUUCUUCUUGUGAGAUUGUUAGAACUUUACCGGAAAAGAAUUAAUUCCCCAAAAGAGGGCAUUGUUGUAUUUCCAAUUUAUUCAGGAAUCAAGUUGCUUCUGAUGUAUCUAAUGAACAUUUUUCUGUUGUUUGGAAUUGGGAUAUGGUCAUUACAUCUUGUAGCGUGCCUGCCUUAGCUGUUAUCUGAUGUAAUACUCUUGACGUCCUAGACAUUGGCUUCUGGUUCCUGGAAUCUCUGUUAAAAA